GGAAUGAAGAGAAUCUUUGGGCUCUCACCAGGUUAAACUACUUGAUUUGAGAACCAGCAUACACACACUGAUUGUAGAAAUCUCUCCAGGCAAAGAGGAGAUAUUUGGUGGAAAAUGUUAAGGACAGACACUGCUUUGGUAUAAGGCUGCCUGGAUACUCACUCAGGUUUCCUCUAGACACAGCAAUCCCAGGGAAAUGCUGAGAGGUGUGCCCUGGAUCUGUUGGAUCUCCGUACCCUAACAAGUUCAGGCAAAUUAUGCCCCCUAUUUCUUUGACAAUGGAGCCAGAAGCACAAAUGGGAACAUGGCACUUCUCAGCCUUUCGGAGGACACGCCUGUUGGUACCCAUGUGUACACUCUGAAUGGAACUGAUCCAGAAGGAGAUCCCGUGACAUAUGACCUGACCUAUGAAGCCGGAUCAAGACGCUACUUUUCUGUUGACAAGAAUCUUGGAAAUGUUACUUUGAUCGAGGAGCUUGACAGAGAGAAGGAAGAUGAGAUUGAAGUUAUUGUCAGUAUUUCAGAUGGCCUGAGUAGAGUUUCUGAAAAAGUCAGGAUCCUUGUAAUGGAUGCCAAUGAUGAGAGCCCAGAGUUCAUCAACACACCUUACAUAGUCGAAGUCCCAGAGAACACUCCCUCCAGCAGCAGUAUCUUUAAGAUUGAGGCAAUAGACAGAGACACAGGUUCCGGAGGAAGUAUCACCUACUUCUUGCAGAACAUCCAUGCUAGUAAGUUUACCAUAGACCGUCACAGUGGUGUCCUGCGCAUCAAACCAGGGGUCACCCUGGACUACGAGAAAUCAAGAACGCAUUUUGUCAUUGUGGUAGCCAAGGAUGGAGGUGGGAAGCUCAGGGGAGACAACAAAGUGUUUUCAGCCACAACAACAGUUACUAUCAACGUGGAGGAUGUUCAGGACACUCCUCCUAUGUUCAUCGGAACUCCCUACUAUGGAUAUGUCUAUGAGGACACGCUCGCAGGCUCUGAGGUCCUUACUGUUGUUGCUCUUGAUGGAGACAGAGGAAAGCCUAACAGUAUUCAUUACUGCAUCGUGAAUGGAAGUGAAGGUUCGUUUGAAAUCAGCAACACAACUGGAGCCAUUUCUGUGAUAAAAAGCCCAAAUCAGCUCAAGAAAGAAGUGUAUGAACUAAAAGUUAAGGCAUCAGAAGUCAGUCAGGAAGGUGACAUCUCCGAGCACACGUUUGCCAUGGUGACCAUACGGGUGGUUGACCUCAACAACCAUCCACCAACGUUCUAUGGAGAGAACGGUCCCCAGAACAGGUUUGAACUGACCAUGUACGAGCAUCCCCCAGAGGGUGAAAUCUUAAGGGGAUUGAAGAUUACAGUCAAUGAUUCAGAUCAGGGAGCCAAUGCUAAAUUCAACCUUCGUCUUGUUGGACCUGGUGGCAUCUUCCGAGUGGUUCCUCAAACUGUCCUGAAUGAGGCUCAAGUUACAAUAAUAGUGGAAAAUUCUGCUGCUAUUGACUAUGAAAGCUUCAAGGUGUUAACCUUCAAGCUUCUUGCAAUAGAGGUGAACACACCGGAGAAAUUCAGCUCGACGGCUGACGUAGUGAUUCGCUUGCUGGAUACCAAUGACAAUGUCCCAAAGUUCUCCUCUGACUACUACAUUGCCAGGAUCCCCGAGAACUCCCCAGGGGGCUCCAAUGUAGUGGCUGUUACAGCUACAGAUCCAGAUUCGGGGCUUUGGGGAGAAAUCAAGUACUCUAUCUAUGGAACAGGAGCAGAUCUGUUCCUAAUCCACCCAUCCACAGGUAUAAUUUACACCCAGCCCUGGGCUGUACUGGAUGCCGAAGUGAACUCGAAGUAUAAUUUCUAUGUGAAAGCAGAGGACACAGAUGGGAAAUACAGCCUGGCUGAAGUGUUUAUCACCGUGCUAGAUGUCAAUGACCACUCUCCAGAGUUCAAUGAAAACAUCCAGGAAAAGACAAUGAUCAUUGGGUCACCAGUGAAGAUAGAGGCUAUAGACCAAGAUGCAGAAGAACCCAACAACAUUGUGGAUUAUUCCAUCAUGCAAGCAGAUCCAGCCAAUGUGUUUGACAUAGACCAAAGCACUGGGGAAAUCAAGCUGAAAUCCUACAUCCGAUCUCUGGACAUCAUCCACAACAUCACAAACAAUAAAGACUGCAUAUGGUCCUUGGUGGUCCAGGCCAAAGACCGAGGCUCCCCGUCCUUCAGUACCACAGCAGUUCUGAAGAUUGAUAUCACAGAAGAGACUCUUCACAAAGGGCCUAUGGCCGCCUUUUUGAUGCAAACUAAAGAUAACCCCAUGAAAGCCUUAGGAGUGCUAGCUGGUGUCAUGGGCAUAAUGGUGCUGAUAACUAUCAUGAUCUCUACUGCCAUGUUCUGGCGCAACAAGCGGAACAACAAAGUCAUGCCGGUGAGACGGAUCAUAAAAAAGAGACAGAUGCCGCCACCCCGGACAAUCAGGAUGGAGUGGCUCAAGUUCAAGAGGCCCAGCAACGCUGCAGAGAAGUUUGUCGUUGACGACGAUGUCAAGAGCCUGCACAAUGAGAACAGCAACAACAACGUCCAGGUUGUCUCCGUGCCGCCGGCAGCCCCCGUGCCCCCGCCACCCCCCUCCCUGGCUCCCCGGGGCGAUGCCCCAGGGUGGCGGGUGCCAACCGUGUCCGGCUCCCUCACUCCCAAGCACAUAAUCAAGCCACCAAAGAAGAAAGGUCACAGCAGCACCCACAACGCCCUCGUGUCAGAGCUCAAAAUGAGGUUUGAGAAGAGGAACGCAGCUUUCGGGGAGCCCCACAUUUAGGUACUCUCAGCAGCCCCCAGAGACUGCAGACUGUGGCUGGGCAUGGAUGUUUUUACAUGCUGUCUCUUCCCUGUGACUGUCAGCACCCUGUGAACCAGAGCAGCUUCUCGCUGUGAUCCCCACCCCUCACCUUCUGCAAGUACCACGUGCUACAGAGUCACCCCACGCGCAGAGCGCUGCCUCCGUGUCCGGUGGCGACUGCGGUUCCUUCGGCCGUAUUCCGUGUCCGGUGACGACUGCGGUUCCUUCGGCCGUGUUCCAUGGGCCCUCCCUGCAGCUGUGUCUGACCACGGUGCUGGGUGUGCCAGCCACAGUCUCCCCAGGUGAACAGGGACUCAGGUUGCCCCUGGUUUGGAGGUCUCUACCCAGAGCCUUGGUUUUCAAACAAGAUGUUCUGCAGCCAAGGCCCUGGUAGAUGCUACUUCUGACCUGGUCUGGCAGGUGGGUUUGAGGUGUCUGAAAAUCCAUCACUUCAAAUCCCAGACCCAUUUUUGAAGAUGUUGGCCUGGCUGUGGCAGCAGCACUGAGUCGAGGUGCAGGUCUCCUACAGCAGUGACACUGCCCUGUCCCCAGAGGACAAUGUGCUUCGCAACAGCUGGCAGGGCGAGGUGCUCGUGGCCUGAGUACCUCCGUUCCCAAAAGGUAAGUGGGCAGGCUUGGAGUUCUUCGUUUUCCUGCAGCUUACGCUGGGUUUUGCCAGAGCACAUUGACAUGGUACUGCACUUUUCUGCUGCCCUGGACUUGCCUGCUGAGGAGGGAUAGGAGGAGCACCUCAGCCUUCCCUGGACCAGCAGGGGCAAGAUUUGAGCACAGAAGUUAAAUAGCAGCGCUCACUCAGCACUGCCUCCUUCUGACACUGCACUCCAAAAGAGCAGGAGCCCAGAAGGAGAAGGACAUGAAUAAAAACACAGGGAAGACAAGGUAAAACUGAGAGGCAAAUGAUAGGUGGAAGACAGAGACAAGUGCUGGAAUGUUGCAUAUGUUGGUCAGGGAAGUGUCUGGAAAGAUCGUGUGGUGUUGUACACUGCUAGCAGAAGGUGUCAAGGAAUAUAUUUCAUCACCUCUCCUGCCUUGUUGCAGGGACUGGUGUGUGCAAAAGUAGGUUUCCAUAAAAUAUUCAUGUUUUUCUUAUCAGUAUUUUUGAGUGAAUUAAACAACAGUUAAUGGGAGGGGACUGGCAGGGCAGCUGACAGGUUUUUUUCCCUGUUAUGUGACAGUAAAAAGGCACUGAGAGCAUAGCACUUUUUUCACUGCAUCUACCCCGUGGACUCCCCCUCAGGUUUGUUUCUGAGGAGAUGUUUUUCAGCUGGGUCUGAGUGUUUCCAUCCCCUGGGGAGAAGGCAGCACCAACUGAGCUGGCUGGGGAGCAGCACCCUGCAUCCUCUCUCUGACACCCAGCCCUGCAGGGAAGCUGUGCUGUCAUAGUACCAGGAACAUCAAGGUAGGGAGCAAACCUGACAGGAUGCACCUGUGUUAAUUCAAGGGGUUCAUGAGAGUUCUCCAGCUGUCAUUUCAGUUGAACCAGCAGACCUGGCCUUCAGUAUCUCCUCUCCCUUCAGUACUCCCCUUUUUGCAACAGGACUUCAUCAGUUUAGCAGAUAGCUGGUUGAAUAUGAAAUUACCCACUUACUAGGAAAAUCUCUGCAGCAGAGUCCCAGCUGCGGGCCAUGGCAGGAGCGCUGCUCCCAGAGCCUCUGCUGUCACAUCUCUCCUUUUCUCUACUGUUUUCUUGCUUAUCCCUCUUCCAGGGGUACUGUUGAUGUGAGGCCCAGGUUCUCACCUGUCCAAUCACCUUGUCCUUGUCCCCUGGCCAUAAGCUGGGUGGAGGGAGGGGAUGUGCAGCCCCUGAGGCCACUCCUGCUGCCCUGUACAAGCACCUGCCUUCUGCUGGCUGAGUGUCUGCAGGUUCUGCAACGUUCCCCAAAGUUCCAGAUUUGUUCCCCAUACUACUGUCUUCCCAGUGUUGUGUUAUUGCCAGUAUUCAGUGUUCAUUCUCUAAUAAGG